AUGCAGCAGCUGAUCGAGAACCUUGCCGUCGAUCUCCGCAAGAACUUCGGGGAGAUGCAUCGCCAACUUGUCAACCUCGACAAACGUCUGCACGCUAUAGAGCACGCACGCAUCCAUGGCGAUGCCGCCAUCACCGGCGUCCAAGCCGGAUUGGAUAGGGCAGCUGCCAUCGACGACCUUGCUGCAGAAACCAAGCGAGUCAUGAUUGCCGCCGGCAAAUCAUACCUCAAGCGCAAGAUGGACGAACCCCAAUCUUCCAGCGCUCCGGAGAUCAUCCUGGCAGUCUCCGACAGCCUGUUUUCGGCUUCACCUCCACCACCGCAGCCACCAUUGUCACCGCUCUUCCCACCACUAGACGGACCUCCAGUCAUCCGUGCGGCUGCCCACCAAGUCAUGGACGACCACCAUCGGAAGCCUGCACUAGGAACACCACCAACCGCGACAUUGCCGGCACCUCAGCACCAACUCACGGCUGUCCAGCAAGCGUUGGACGACAACCAGCGGGAGCCCACGCUGAGAUCGCCACCGACGGCAACUCCACCAGCAGCUCGGCAUCAACCGCCCCAGCACCGCAGAACACUCCAGCGGCAACACAUUCUCCACCAGCUGGCUACAACACCGAAGCAGCCGUCCACAGCGAACCUGACCACAACAUCCUCGCACAGCUCCACCUUGCCGCCGACGAGCGUGAACUCCAGAUCAUCUCCGCCACCAUUAAAGUCCAGACCGCAGCGCCAGCUUGGUCGCUCCAACACGGCAUCAUCCGCCACAACGACUGCUACUACAUCCCAGUGA